UUCCUUCCAUUUCCCUUUCAUCUCCAUUCUUCCAAGAAAAAACCACCCCAUCUCUCUCUCUCUCUCAAUUCCAAAGACCACGAUCGUCUUCGUCUCCAUCAAACGCUUUCCAUCCAUGGCCGGCUUCCAAGACUCCUCCCGCAACAAGCCUUCAAUUCAUCCCCCCAACGAAUCAAAGAAAUCCUAUCCCUUCAUCUCCAACAAAAACACAGAGCCCCACCCAUUCAAGACACAGACCCCUCCUCCCAAUCCCUUCCUCCGACGUGCCUUCUCAUGCAAGCAAUCCAACCCCUCAUCAGCCCAUACCCUCUUCAAACGCCCAGGGAUCAAUGACACCAAUAACAAGAUCCUUCUCUACUUCACAUCCAUCGGCGGAAUUCGCCGGACCUACGAAGACUGCUGCGCCGUCCGCACCAUCCUUGGUGGAUUCCGCGUCCCUGUCGACGAGCGCGACGUAUCGAUGGACUCCGCAUACCGACAUGAACUGCAGAGCAUGCUCGCGAAGGAGAUGGUUGCUUUGCCCCAGGUUUUUAUCCGUGGUAAGCACAUCGGCGGUGCGGAGGAGAUCAAGGCGCUUCAUGAGACCGGGGAAUUGGCUAAGCUUCUUGAAGGGUUUCCGGUUCGGAAUCUGGGAUUCGCCUGUAAAGGAUGUGGCAACACGAGGUUUGUCCUUUGUGCAAAUUGCGACGGAAGCCGGAAGGUUUUCAUUGAAGAAGAAGGGCGGCUGAGGAGGUGUUCUGAGUGUAACGAGCAUGGGUUGGUGCGGUGCAAUUUUUGCCUUUGAUCAAUUGAAUGAAUGAUGUUUCUUUCAACGUAGCUGGUGAGAAUUUGUCAAGACUAUAUUACAUUGGGUUUCUGCUGUGGAAAUUAAAACGUCAGCAUUUCGCUGUUGCUGUUGGUGGGGAUUACUGAAGACUACUACUACAUUGAUAUUUCAGUGUUGUAUUAGUAUAUUGGCAUUGGUUAGUGCUGAUAAUUAUGGAAGACACUACUACAUUGAUAUUUUACUGUUGGCAUUGGUGAGAAUUACUGAAGAGUGCUGCUCUCUGGUCUUCAGGGGCUUGGUAAUGUGGAAUUUUAUAUCAUUUCUUCCUUUUUCUGUGCAUAUUGGUGUUGUUGGGGUUUUUUUUUUUUUUUUUUUUAAAAAAAAAAUAUAAAUUGAAAACCUUGUUUAUGGGUAUUUUUGUUUUUCAUCGUAUCUGAAAAAUGAAUUGGAGUAUAAUGGGGUUUUCUUGUUUUUUCUAAUUACCCAUUACAAAACAUGGAUUACAAAUGAAACAUCUCUUAUCUUGGAGAAAUGAGAUCGUUCUUCA